CGAAGAUGCUCGUGUCGCUUUACCCCAGGAUUCCAAAGACUGCCGCCGUGCUGCUGGACUUCUUCAUCAAGCGCGAAAGCAAGGUGUCUCUGAUGCGCGAGCCGCUGUCGCACUUCUGCCAGGAACAGGUGGUUCUCCACGCGCAAGAGUGCCUGCUCAAACUCAACAAGCAAGUCAUCACGUACCAGGACAUCCGCGAUAUGGUCGAGAAUUUGGUCGGCCUCCACAACAUGUGUAUAAAGAAAAAUACGGAAAUUGCGAAAGAACUCGGGGCCACCGUACGCAAGCUGACUAUCAUCGUGGGCGAGGUUGCGACAUCCUUGGAGAAGAUCGCCGAAGUGCCCAUCACGGAUUGGAUGGCCAUCGGUGACGCUAUUGUCAACAAGCUUGAACUGCUGAAUCCACCUAAACCACUUCCAUUCGCUACGUUUAUUCCGCGGAUGCGCGACUUCAAGAACCUGAAGAUGCUCGGAGCUGGCGGCUUUGGGGCCGUGUACCUGGUCACCUACCGUCCUGCCAACUUGGUAGUGACGGUGAAGCUUGUGAACACGGACCGGUUCAGCAGACACAAGCAGGCCGCCAUGGACAAGGUUGUCGCGUCCGUCAUCAGGAACCCGUUCCUUGUCAAGUACUACUGCUGUUUCUGCGUCAAGGAGGCGUACGUGACCAUCAUGGAGUACAUCGCUGGCUUGGACCUGAUGCGCGUUGUGACCAAGGAGGAUUUCUUGGAGAUCGAGGCGGUGCGCAUCAUCAUGGCGCAACUGAUCCUCGCGCUUGAGCACAUGCACUUGCGCGGUUUCCUCCACCGGGAUGUCAAGGUGUCCAACAUGCUCAUUUUGCCGGGCGGGCGAGUGAAAGUCAUCGACUUCGACACAACUAAAGUGUGCAAUGGUCACUUCACCAAGCGUUUCCUGAGGGGCUACUUUCGGAGAACUCCUUUCGAAUUCCACGACGGCGAGUCGGCCGGCACCAUACCGUACAUGGCUCCGGAAAUUCUCAAAAGGAGACCGUAUGGUCGCGCUGCCGACUGGUGGUCAGCGGGCGUCGUCAUGUACAAGUUGAUGACCGGCCGGGUGCCAUUCCGCGGAAAGUCCAAGCAGCUUCUUCGCGAACGCAUCAUCACGUCGCCGCUAAAGUGGCCUCGCGCCGAUGAGCAUCCACACUCGGCGACGACGCCGGCCAAAGACAUGACGUACCGAAUGCUCAAGAAGAACCCCGUGGAACGUCUCGGCUCGCGCAACUACAGCGACUUGAAGACGCACCCGUUCUUCGACAAGUUCGACUGGCAGGUGCUUUACAACAAGACGGACUUGUGCCACAUACCGAGCAUCGCCGAAAUUAUGAACACCGACGCCGAAAAAGACCGCAAGAGUGCGGACCCCGAGGACAAGCGCAAGCACCAGCAGAUCGAGGAAAUGACCGACGUCAACGCCGAAAGCCAGAAACCGUUGCUUUGCUACGCUUCGCCUAGCUUCAAGAAACUCAUGCUCAAGGUAAAGUCGAGCAAGAGCGCUAUCAAGGUGUCCGAAUCCUUCAUGGAGACCAGCGGCCAGAGCUCCGAAGCCAUCGACUAUCAGGCGAACUCUCCCACGUCCAUGAGCAGAACUGUAGCUCUGAGCAGCGUGGAAGGCAAAGACGGCGGGUCCACCGAGAAGGUGGAUCUCAUGCUUUACCGGAAGAAGAAGUACAUGAAGUUCUGGGGCUUCGGUUUCUCGCUGCGGCGGGUCCAAGGAGAGGAAGCGAGCUUCACCUACGUGGACACGGUGACCAAGGGCUCGCCUGCCGACAUGUCCAAGGUGCUGCCGCUGGACUUUAUUCUGCACGUGAACGGUAUCGCGGUUACGGAUGCGCCGCUAGCCCGGAUCAAGAAGAUCAUCAGCGAUGCCGGCGACCAGAUGGUGCUGUCGGUGAUGUCUUCGAGUCCCUACCGGCUGCUCACCAGCCGUCGAGACAUGCUGGGCAUCAUGCGCAGUAUACCCCUGGAAUCCGCCGUCGUUAAGGCCGCCACGCUCGGCUGCUUCGGUAGGAAGUCGUAUGGCAUCGACGUCCUCGACGUCGACGUCGCUGACGACAAGCAGAAGCACUUAGCCAAGUGCUUCGUGCUACUGUACGCAGACGUGGUCACUUCCAACAAGAAGUCGGUCUUCCCGGGUGAUGUGCUGUUCGAAAUCGACGGCGCAUCAGUGGACGGCAUGUCGCGGCCACAGGUUGAUCACCUCCUGAGCGCCGGUAAACCCGAAGUCACGCUCUCGGUGGUUCCUCUGUCGCCGAUGCGCAAGAGGCGUUGCAUGAUCUUCAAGAUGAACGAGACAGGCAUGUCCGACUUCAACGUUGCGUCCAAGUCUACGGCUGCUGACAUAGACUGAUUGCUCCACUACUGCCCCUGCGAUUCGGCAAUAGCGUUCCCGUAUCGCUAUGACGCCUACAAUAUUGCGAUUGUCUGAAAGUGCAUAUAUAGGUUCUG